CCUGAGUGGAAAAGGAACCGGCGGCGACGAGGAGGCGGGGACCCACCUUGGUCGAGGGAGCCAUGGCCUUCUCGAGGCAGGACGGAGGAGCGACGGUGCUCCGGGAGGCGAGUGCAGGCGGCUCGCGGCGGCGCUGGGCGGUGGCCGGCGAAGGGGACGACGACGUCGAAGAGGAGGCCGACGCCGCGCUGACGCUGAGCCCCUUCUCGCCGGCGCCCUUGCUCAGCUUCGGCGCCGUCCGCGUGGGCACGUCGCGCCUCCGACGCCUGGCGCUCGAGAACCCGAACGCCGAGCCCGUCCGCGUGGCCGUCGGGAGACUCCCGCCCGCCGCCAAGGGCUUCGCCGUGCAGGAGCCGCGCCAUUGGCUGCUGCAGUCUGGAGAGAGAAUAUUAAUUUCAGUAACAUGGACACCGCUGGAAGGUGGCAAAGUGCGGGAGCUCAUAACUUUUGUUGUAAAUGAUGUUGUUAAACAUCAAGCAGUUUUGCUGGGUUCUGCUGAGCAGUCUACAAAGAAAAAGAGGAGUCUUUGGGAUACAGUUAAAAAGAGAGCUCCUUCGCGGCAAUCACAAUAUCAGAAGAAACUUCCCGUAAUCAAAAAUAAAAAUGAAACUUUUCAGAUGUCCAAAAAAACUGGAAGAGUUAGAAGCCCUCUCCAAGCCUGUGAGAACUUGGAAGUGAAUGGAUGCAGCAUUUCACCUAGUGGGAACAGUGUAAUCCUCUUAGAAAAUAGCUUCUUACACUCUCCAACUGAUCCCAUACUGCAAGAAAAGCAGCAUGUCACUAAUCCCCCUCUUUCAAUGGGGAGAUCAGUUCCAUAUUUUUUUAUUGGUACAGCAGCAUGUAAUGAAUUACAGCAGGAUACGAAAGAGACCUGUACUGUUACGCCAAAGUGUGAUGAUCUUGUGGAAACAAAAUUGGAAAGUGGACAUAUUAGUUCAGUGAAAAUGGAAAGUUCUAGCACAGAUUCAGUUUGCACACCAGAAAACCUGAAAAGCUUUCCUUUGAAUCACAGGAAAAUUUUGAGUCCUGAUACUUUUGUACACGGUAGCUAUGAACUUUGUGAAGAGCCUGCUGUAGCUACAAGAGUGCCAGUUCUUUCACCUGAUCAGUUUUUAAAAGAGAAUCAAAUAGUUAUUCAGCAAACUUCACAAGUACAUAAAUCGGUGUCCUCCCAUUCUUCAAGUUUGGGAUCUUACACAAUUUGUUCACAACAGAAGGAAAGAAUGCAAAUUUUUACUUUUCCUGUGGAGUCUCAUUUUUCAAGCAAGCAACUUAAUGAUGCUCUCAGUAAAAAAAAUACAUCAUUGCAGUAUGAAAAGUUUGAACGAAAUGCAAGUGGGUGCCAGAAAAAUGACCCAGAUCAAAUUUGCUUCCAGAAGGAACAUGGUAAAAAAAGGCCUCUGUUGUGCAACACAGUUACUAAAAGUAAGUCAGGUUGUCUUGAGGGACAAGGAAGGAACUCAUUAAAACCAAAAUCUAGAAAAUGCCUUUCUAAUGCAAUUCAGCAAUCUGUGGAUAAUGUUCCUGAAACAGCAAAAAUGAAAGUGUUGCCAGAACUUCCAGUUAUAGAACCUUUCUCAGGUGAAGUUAAAUAUCCCAAAAUUGAAACAGCUUCAGCUUGCUUAGGAAGAACGUCAUAUAGUCGUAAAAGAAAAAGUGGAGAAUAUUUAGAAGAUACUAAUAGCGAAAGUGGAAAAUAUGUGGAAAACUUUGCAAGAAAAAAAAUAAUGUCCUUUGUGGGAAAUGAAGAUUGCAGUGUUUUGAAAGCAUUGAAUCCCAAAUGUGUGAACGGAGAGAAGCAAAGUCAGAAAAAGAAACCAGGUUCCUUAUCUAAAAAAUGGAGGUCUGGUAGGAAAACAAAGAACAUUAUUCCAGUGGCACAGUCUCAGCUGACGUUUGUGAAACCUUUAAAAACAGACAUUCCUAGACAUCCGAUGCCUUUUGCGGCCAAGAACAUGUUUUACGAUGAGUGCUGGAAAGAGAAACAGCAACGAGGUUUUACUUGGUGGUUGAAUUUUGUACUUACUCCUGAUGACUUCACUGUGAAAACAGACACUUCAAAAGUCAAUGCAGCGUCCCUUACCUUGGGAAGAGAGUCUCAUAAACCAAGUGUUCCUAGAGCACCAACUAAAGAAGAAGUAUCCCUAAGAGCUUAUACAGCUCGGUGCAAGCUGAACAAACUCCGUCGCUCAGCUUGCCGUUUGUUUACAUCAAGCGAGAUGGUUAAAGCAAUAAAAAGGCUGGAGAUCGAAAUUGAAGCAAAACACUUGCUAAUUCGGAAGGACAGACAUCUCUGGAAGGAUAUUGGUGAAAGACAGAAAAUCCUCAACUGGCUUUUAUGCUAUAACCCACUAUGGUUGCGCAUAGGUCUGGAAGUAGUCUAUGGUGAGCUAAUUGCCUUAGAGAGCAACAGCGAUGUAAUGGGCCUGGCAAUGUUUAUACUUAAUCGCUUGUUGUGGAAUCCAGAUAUUGCAGCUGAAUAUAGGCACUCAAGUGUGCCUCACCUGUAUCGAGAUGGACACGAAGAAGCAUUGUCAAAAUUUACGCUGAAAAAACUACUUCUGCUGGUUUGCUUUCUUGAUCGCGCCAAGCUGUCUAGAAUUAUUGAUCAUGAUCCUUGCCUCUUUUGUAAAAAUGCAGAAUUCAAGUCUAGUAAAGAGAUACUGCUGGCAUUUUCCCGAGAUUUUCUAAGUGGAGAAGGUGAUCUUUCUCGCCAUCUAUAUUUCCUGGGCUUUCCAGUUCAUCACGUGCAGACUCCACUUGAUGAGUUUGACUUUGCUGUAACAAAUCUAGCCACAGAUUUGCAAUGUGGCAUUCGUCUUGUAAGAGCAUUGGAACUUCUGUCGUCAAACUGGAGUCUUUCCAAAAAAUUAAGAGUUCCUGCAAUAAGUAGACUUCAAAAGAUGCAUAAUGUCAAGAUUGCCUUUGAAGUACUCAAAGAUCAUGGAAUACAGUUGGAAGAUGAACGUGGUACAUCGAUUGACGCUAAGGAUAUUGUGGAUCGGCAUAGAGAGAAAACACUUGCAUUGCUGUGGAAAAUAGUAUUUGCUUUUCAGGUGGAGGUUUCCCUAGAUAGGGAUCAGUUGAAAGAAGAAAUUGAUUUUUUGAAGAACAUGCACGUUACAAAAGUGAAGUCUGCUGCUUUAGAAUCUCGUAUUGCCAACAAAGUGAGAAAAGACAGCAGUAACUUUUAUUCAUCCGAAAACUGCAGCGAAAAUGUAAAGAUGCUGAUGGAUUGGGUCAAUACUGUCUGUGGGUUUUACAAUGUCAAGGUUGAAAACUUUACAGUAUCCUUCUCGGAUGGAAGAGUGUUGUGUUAUUUGAUUCAUCAUUAUCAUCCAUGUUAUGUGCCUUUGGAAGCUAUCUGUCAGCGCACAACUCUAACAGUAGAAUGCACCAAAAGUGGCACAAUUGCUCUAAAUUCUUCCUCUGAGUCUGAUUCUUCUCUGACUGUACUCAAUGGAGCUUUUGAUGAAACUAUAACUUCUUCCGUGCUUUAUAAAGAACUCCUUGACAAUGAGAAGAGAAACUUCCAGCUGAUUAAUGCUGCAAUUUCUGACCUUGGUGGUGUUCCUGCUAUGAUUCACCAUUCAGACAUGUCUAAUACAAUUCCUGAUGAGAAGGUAGUUAUUGCCUAUGUGUCAUUUCUUUGUUCGCGACUUGUAAAUCUUUCUAAAGAGAUUCGAGCUGCUCGACUGAUUCAGUCUGUGUGGAGGGAACACAGAUUGAAAACAAGAUUAGCACAGGUAUUUCUUUGAGUUACUUUGCUUGUUUCCUAAAUUAUCAAAAAAUCAAAUGGGGCAGUUGUAAUUCAGAAGCAUUGGAGAAGAUACAUGGCCCAGGUGAAACUUCAGAAAUUAAAAAAAGCAAAGCAGGAAGAAGUUGAAAGAGUAUCUUCUACUGUCAUUCAGACUUACUGGAGAAGAUACAACGCAAGAAGAAAAUACCUGCAGCUUCGGCAAUAUACAAUUAUUGUGCAAGCAAGGAUAAGAACGUUCCUUGCUGUUGCUGCUUAUAAAAAAGUUUGCUGGGCUGCUCUCACUAUUCAGAGGCGCUUCAGGGCUUUGCUGAUAGCAGAAGCCCAUCGUCAAAAAUAUCAAAGUAUGAAACAGUCGGCACUUGUGAUUCAGUCUGCAUUUAGAAGAUGGAAAGGCCGCAAAAUGAAUUCAAAAGUUGAAAUAGAGAAGCUGCUGCAAGCAACUGAACUGGCAAAGAAAGAGAGAGCUGCAGUUGUAAUUCAGUCAUGGUACAGGAUGACCAGAGAUCGAAACAAUUACUUACAUAUCAGAUACAAUGUUAUCAAGAUACAGGCCUUGUUCAGAUGUCUUCAAGCUAAAUUCAUUUACAAACGGAAAAGGCUGUGUGUGGUGGCUAUUCAGAAGCAUUACAGAGCUUACAGGAUGAGGAAAAUUGACAGGGAAACAUAUUUGCAGAAACGUUCGGCAGCUAUAUUCCUGCAAUCUGCUUAUAGAGGAAUGAAAGCUCGUUUAUUGUGUAGACAAGUCAGAGCUGUCUGUGUCAUUCAGGUACACUACCGUGCAUACAGAAAGCAAACUUCUCUGAGGCAGAAGUUCCUGCAGCUAAAAAAGGCGGCUGUGUGUUUGCAAGCAGCUUACAGGGGCUAUAAAGUACGGAAAACGUUUAAGUGUCAGAAAACGGCUGCUGUUAAGAUCCAGUCUGCUUUGCGGGCUUAUGCUGCAAGAAGAAAAUACCAAGCUUUGAUUCAAGCUACCCUUGUGAUUCAGAGAUGGUACAGGGCUUCCAAAAUCAGAACAAGGUUUUUGAAGACAAGAACAGCUGUGAUUUCCUUGCAGGCAGCUCUUCGUUCCUGGCAAGUAAAGAAAUGCAUUCAGAAUUGGCAUGCUGCCGCAAUUAAAAUACAAUCUGCCUUUAGGAGAUACAUGGCUCUGAAAAAGUUCAGGAUGGUGAGAAGUGCUGCUCAAACAUUUCAGCAGCAUUACAGAGCAAAAGUUUUGGGCAGAAAACAACAACAGGAAUAUGUUGUGCUUCGCAAUAGCAUUGUACAACUCCAGGCAGCUUGGAGAGGGAGGGUUGUGAGGAAGGCAAUCCAAAGACAACACCACGCUGCAGUAGUCAUACAGUCCUAUUUCAGGAUGCACAUCAGUCAAACACAGUUUAAAAGUUUCAGAGGGGCUGCUGUUAAGGUUCAAAGGUGGUAUCGUGCUGCUGUCCUAGCCAGGAGUGAAAGGCAGGAAUACCUCGCUUUAAAGGUUGCAGUUAUUAAAAUGCAAUCAAUUUACAGAAGCGUAAGAGCAAGGCGUGAAAUUCAACUUAUGCACCAAGCAGCAGUUAGUAUCCAAGCCAUGUUUAAAAUGCAUCAGAGUAAGGUUAGAUAUCAGGCAAUGAAACUGUCAGCAAUUGUAAUUCAGAGGCACUACAGAGCUCAUUGCAGAGGAAGAAUGGAACGGGCAAAGUAUCUCAAGUUAAGGAAGGCUUCUCUUGUACUUCAGGCUGCCUACAGGGGGAUGAAAGUUAGACAGGAGCUAAAAGCUUUGCACCAGUCUGCAACUUCUAUUCAGUCAUUUUAUCGAAUGUACAAGCAACGAAAAUCUUUCCUGAAGCUAACUGCAGCAGUAAAACUGAUUGAGCAGUGGUAUUGUGGUUCUAAAUGUCGCAAUGCUCAGAUGCGCAAAUACAGGCAGAUGAAGACUUCUGCCAUCCAAAUACAGGCUGCCUUCCGAGGUAUGAAAGUGAGGCUCCAUUUGCAAAAGAUGCAUACGGCUGCCACCACCAUUCAAAGGCGAUUCAGAACUUUUCUUCAGAGGCAAAGGUUUGCUUCUCUUAAGGCAGCUGCUGUGACGAUUCAGAGGAAGUACCGAGCAAUGGUACUCUCUAGACAGCAGCGUGAAGAGUAUGUCCAUCUCUAUAAAGCUGCCAUCGUAAUACAGUCUGCCUUCAGAGGCCGGCUGGCCAAGAAACGUGUGAGCCGAAUGCAGGGGGCUGCUACAGUUAUCCAAGCAGCCUUUAGAAGACAUACAGCUUAUACUCGAUACCAAGCCGUGAAGCUUGCUUCUGUUUCCAUACAGCAGCAUUAUAGAGCAUACCGAGAGAUGAAACACACGAGAGGACUCUACUUAAAAUAUCGCCACUCUGCUUUAGUUCUUCAGGCUGCUUACAGAGGAACGAAAGUGCGAUGCAUCUUGAGGGAACAACAUUAUGCUGCAACAGUCAUACAGAGUAACUAUAGAAGGCACAGGCAACAGUGUUCCUACAAAAAAUUACAAUGGGCAGCCAAAGUUAUACAGGUUCAGGUCAGGGCCAAUAAACUGUGCAAAACUGCAGCCCAGCAGUAUUCCUCUUAUAAAAGUGCCGCCAUUUGCAUCCAGAAAGCUUUUCGCUGGAUGAAGGCGAGACGAUGUCAGCAAAGGCACCGAGCUGCCAUUGUGCUUCAGCGGAAUUUUAAAAUGCAGAGAGAACGUAGAAAAUACCUUGCUUUGAAAGCAGCUGCUAUAGUCCUUCAGAGACAGUACAGAGCAUCGGUUCUGGCAAGGAGGCUGGCUCAGGAAUACGUUUCUGUUUGUGCAGCAGUUAUUUGUGUCCAGUCUUUCUACAGAGGAUUUAAAACCAGGAAGGAAAUGGAGCGCAAACACUUAGCAGCAAAGGCAAUUCAAGCAGCAUUUAGAAUGCACAGGGCUAGGGUCUCUUACCAAAAGCUGAGAGGUGCUGCUGUCACCAUACAAAAUUCCUACCGGUCUUACCUAAAGAGAAAACACCUGCAAAAUGCACAACUGGCAAUUAAGAACUCUUCUGUAAUGAUUCUGUCCACAUACGGAGAGUUAAGAACACGGCAAGAAGUGAAAGCUAUGCACGUCGCAGCAACUCUCAUCCAGUCUCUCUAUCGAAUGCAUGCCCAGAGCAAACAUUACAAGUUGAUACGCAGGGCUGUGAUAACUAUUCAGUCUGCCUAUCGUGGAAGGGUAGCACGCCGAAAGGCAAAGGAAAUUCGUGCGGCUAGAAAGAUUCAGUCCUUCAUUCGCAUGACCGUGGCUCGUAGAAAGUUUAUUCGCCUCAGAACAUCAGCUACUGCAAUACAGACUCAGUGCCGUACAAAUAAAGCCAGUGAACAAUACCAGAAAUACUGGGAAGCUGCACUUUUAAUACAGCGGCGUUAUCGGUCUUACCUGGCUGUGAAACACCAAAGAGUAGCUUAUUUGCAAACUUUGAAGAGCAUCAUCAUUAUGCAAGCUACAGUCAGGAGUUUCCUCGAACAUCAAAGGCUUUUGCCACAGAGCCGGCAGAGUUUACUCCUUCGUUUUGCAGCUGCUGCAUAUCAUCAUCUCGCUGCUGUUAGAAUUCAGAGGGCUUACAGAGCUUUUCACUCGAAGCAAGUACACUUGCAGCUCUCUUCAGUUCUGUACAUUCAGAGGUGGUAUCGAGCAAAACUGCAGAGGAGGAGAUACCUUCAAGAUCGUGAGAAUAUUAUUAAAAUACAAAGAAGGGUGAGGAGACGGAAGAGUUGCAGAAAUGUAGCUGCGAAUGCGGUUCAGGAAGGCAUGAACCAAGAAGCCCUAAUUAAUGGAGUAACUAAAUUUCAGUCACUGUGGAGAGGGUAUUCAUUUAGGAAGAAGACUGACACAGCAAAAACGAGAGCUCUGCGAGAUAGCUUGUCGAUUGCCAAUAAAGAAAGCAAAGAAGAUAAGAAGCUAUGCAACAGAGCAGCAUUUGCCAUUGAUCGGCUUCUCAAAUAUAAACACUUUUCUUACAUUCUGGCAGCUUUAAAAGACUUGGAGGUUGUUACCCGACUAUCACCUGUUUGCUGUGAAAGUAUGGUCCAGAAUGAAGCAGUAGCCACUAUUUUUACUUUGAUACGGAGUUGCAAUCGCAGUGUCCCUAGCAUGGAUGUCAUACGUUAUUCUGUCCAGGUUCUGCUUAAUUUGUCAAAGUAUGAAAAGACAACUGAAGCUGUUUAUACAGUGGAGAAUUCUGUUGAUACUUUAUUGGACCUACUUCAGAUGUACAGAGAGAGAGCUGGCGACAAAGUUUCAGAGAAGGGUGGAAGCAUUUUUACCAAGACGUGCUGCCUGCUUGCUCUUCUUUCAAAGGACUCAAGAAGAGCUUCUGAGAUCCGAGGCAGCUCACGAGUAGUUACUCACCUUCAGAGCCUGUUUAAACUCACAGCACGGAAACAUCAAAUGGAUGCACGAAGAAUGCUUGCCAAACAGAAGUUGACCACAUACAAAAAUGGGCAUUUCUCUGUCCCAAAAACUCCUCUAAGGACAACAAUAGUUUCAAGGCAGAGACCAGAAUGGGUUUUAAGGAAAGAUAAUAUAAAAGAGAUUGUUGAUCCUCUGCAAGCAAUUCAAAUGGUGUUGGAUACACUUGGAAUUCCUUAUUACUGAAGAAUGACAUUUAAAAUGAUGUUAUUAAAAAAAGCAUUGUCAUGAUCAGCUUUCAUAUUAUGUAGAGUUGUUUCAUAUAAAUCUAUAUCCAAUUCUAUUAGUAUAUAGUUGUGAUACCUCAGUUUUAUUGCACAUUUUUGUAUGUCAGCCUGUGAUUGGUAUUGUCUUUUUUAAUUACUUGGAUAGGAUUUGUAAGUAACAAACUAAACUAUGUAUUUUUUUAAAAGGCUCAGAUUUUGUACAAUAAAAUGGAAACUGUAUUCUGUA